UUCUUCCUUUAGGGCUCUUUAUCUUUGUAUAUCAUUGCCUAAUGAAAGAGACGGUGAGGAAGCAGUGCCGAGUGCACUUUUGCUGGGGGAGGUUUCGGCUCAAUAAUUAUUCUGAUUGGAGCAGGGCAGGAAUAUCUGUUGGAUAUAAACCAAGAAAUCUGGAGCAUAAACUAUCACUGCACUCUUUGAAAGCAACCAAGUCUUUGAAGUCUAAUGCAACAAGCUCAACUUCCAAUGGUUCAGACUCCUUACCGGAGACUUCUUUGGAUAUGGACUUGAGAGCAGAUGUGGCCUUCAGGGGAACCCCCUACACAACAGCAGAGAGCCUCCACCAGACAAGGAAGUGACCAAGGUGGAGCAAGGAGGACAUGUUCUGAGAGGUGCAGCAAUCCUCAGAGGCUGAAAAAAGAGAAUGCAGGGAGUGGAGAGAGACACUGAAGGAAAAAUUUAAAAUAGAACAGAAAUGAGAGUGAGGAGCAGAGCCUGGAACAGAUGAUAAAAGUGAUGGAAGAGCAAACAGAGAUGUUGGAAGUCUCUAAUUAUGCUCCAGGCAGAAAACAUGCAUGCUCGUUCCCCCUGCAAUUGAUACAGAUGCUUUCCAGGCCCUCCCCAAAUUCCUCCCACAGAUUCCUUGCAACUUCCCAGAAUGUCUCAGUACCCCAUUCACUCCACCCCUUCAGACAGCUUCCAAAAUGAUAGCUGGACUUACACGCAACUAUGAGAGCCUACACUGCCCUGCAUUCUUAUCUCCCUUCCCACCUAGUCUUUUGUGUGUGUUGGUAACUGGUAUUUAAU